UGGUUCGGUAUGUAUCGCGGUUCGGUAUUUUAUCAAACUGUUCAGUGCGCCACCUGCUGUUGUAUAAUGACAAUUACAGUCUAGCCCUUGAAAAUACGACCCCAGUUUUUUACCUAUAUUGUUUUUGGGAAAAAAACUCUCUAAUAUUCGCACCAGUACAUAUAGGGAAAUGAUAGUAAUACUGUGGUAUUGUCCCAAAUGUUUCAAUGAACUACUGUGUAUUGUGACACCUUUACCAGUUAAAAAACAGAUUGCUACCAAGCUAAAAAUACAGUUAUUUGGAAAUAUAAAGAGUUUAUUGUUUAAUAAAGUGAAGUGUUCUGUUUUUCUUAAAUUUAAGUAUACACAAACCUUAUUGUUACCAUGGCCCUAAAACCUCGAUACACACCAAAUGACAUCAUUACACCCCUAGUCACAGGUAAUGUCUUAUUUUAUUUUUUAUAUUUUAAAAAACAUCUUAACAUUUAAUGGCAGUAUCAGAAUGUCAAAGACUGUAAUUAUCGUUAUGACUGAAAAUUGUUACAGUCACAUGAUCCUAUUAAUUUGUUGUCUCUGCUCCAUUUGUGACCUUCAUUUUUCUUUUAUUAAUUUGUUUGUUUAUUUGUUUAUUUUUGUAAGGUGAGGAAACAUACAAUGCCCCAGGUGAAAUCUUGCCAUUAGUAACCAAUUAGUUAACUGAUAACUAAUAAAGUGCCUGAAUGGAAUACAUGAAUUGUCAUGAUUAAUUAAUGAUGAAAAAGUGUGGAUUAGUACAUAAUUAACACUUAGUUACUGGUUAAUUAAUGCAUAAGCUAGCAUAUACUACUGCAUUAUCCAUGUCCCUUCAAGUAAAGUGUCUUGCAAGUUUCCUUAUAACAGAUAUCUAUCCCUCCAGAGACACUAGAAACUUCUGAGACAGCUUUUUCCAGUGGGACACCAAUAACUGAAUCCUUACUCGUUGAGUUUUCCUGCAGUGAGACUGCAUUAUAGUGUUUAAAAUGGCUUUUCAACCUGCUCUUGAGUUACACAGAGAGGCCUUUGAGAAGUGAAAUGUGUGGGACGUAUUUGAACAUAUGGUUAAGCGUGUAUUAAUGAUGAAUUGUUAUACGCAGCAGUAAUAUGGAAGACACAACAGAAUUCAUGGAGAGUGAGAAGCCUUCAUCUCUGCAACAUUGUAGAGCCUCCACAUCUAUCACUGUUGCCUGUAAUUGGAUUCUGGAGCUGGUAUCGGGAAACAAGCACUUAUUUAUACCAGAUGUGGUGGAAACAAGUAACAUGAGAGAAUACAGGUUCCAGAUGAAACAUCCUGGAAGGUUCUUCUGCUGCGUCACAGGCUUGGUGUUUGUGAUGAAGUCCAGCGGGGAGGUGACCUACAGCUUCUGCUCCUGGGAAAAAGCCCCCAAGACCCCCGGCAGCUGGAGACUGGCGGGGCCCCAUAUUACCAUCGAGUGUCCCCAAGGGAUCCUGAAGGAGUUGCACCUCCCUCACUGUGAGAUGUCUGCAGAUGAUAACCUGGCUGUAGCACAUGUAACCAAAGACAACAUGGAGAUUCUGCAGCCACAGAAGGUGACAGACACACAUGUGGUCAUCAGCAUCACCGACCUCUCUAUUUUUGUUCUCAUAAAGAGGAAAAUACUCCCCAAGGUCAAAGGGCAAGUGCUACUGCUACAGCGACCUGGAGAUAAAAUCUUGAAUGUGUUCUUGUUGCCCGCAAAUGUGCCUCCUGACCAGGUGCACCAGCAGGAGCAACAGAAACAAAACAUUCUCAUUCAUACCAGCUCUAAGUGCAAGUUCAAACAUAAAGAGCUGUACAGGAUGUCCAGUGACCACGAGGCAAUAAGGUGGAUCCAGCCAAAGAACGAAGAGUUUGAAUACAGUUUUGACCAAACAAUCUACCCAACUUUUGAAGUAUUUUUGGAACGUGACGAGGGGAUGGUGGAGCUGAGUAUCUUGGAAGACAGGAGCGGUAAAGACGUGUGGCAGCGCAUCGUCAUUCUCAAAGGUGCUGUUCCUCCAUCACCAUCUACGACUGAUUCAGGUGUGGCGUUUGUAGCCCAACACAGGGACGCCAUCAUCCAGAGAGUGUCACUGAUUGACCCCAUACUGGACAACCUCCAUAAGCACAUUGAAGGGGAAAAGUACAGUUACAUACGUGCUGCCAGUACCAGCCAGGAGAAGAUGAGGAGGCUGUAUGAGGUGUUAAACACUGAUCGGCUGAAAGAGCUUUUCUUUGACUCCCUGAAGAAGAACGAACGCUCCCUUGUCUCAAAUUUGUUUGGCUUAUAAUUGGACCAGUAUGCAAAACCCUGUUCGCUGCUUCAAAUCUUCCAGCUGAUACUCCCUGUUCUUAACUCUUUUUGAGCCAGUUUGUACCACAACCUUUUAAAAAAAAAAAGCUGUCAGUUCACACUAGGGAUGGUAAGAUUGACCGAUUCGCGUUGGUGCACUGGUAUAAAAUUCAUAAUGGGACUGAAGACAAGAAAGGAGAGGAACCAAACACUCCCAAGUAUGGACAACAAUACACCUCUGGGGGUCAAAGGUCACCUGCCUGCCCCCCUCCCACUGGGCAUACUAACAUUACUGAAAACAGAAAACAGUGGACAUGCUUGCUAAAAUCUAGGUAUAAGCUGUGAUUAAGAAUGAAGGUAAAGUCCAUCAAUGAGUCUGUUACCCACGUUGGCUGGCUGGCGUGUGUGUGUCUGUAAAAGACUAAAAGAAUCCUGUUGUUAAAUGAAAUGUGUAAUUUUGUUAGAGUGUUUCAUUGUAAUUCGUAACAUGAAAUAUACUUUUUACCUUGUUUUUGUGCAAA